AUGCCGAAGAGAACUAAGGGUGAAAAACUUAAAUAUUACACAGAGAAAAUUAGAAAGCUAAACGAAAUAAAUAAUCGAAGGAGUAUACGUCGUAGAAUUAUACAGUCUGAGUCAUCAGAUGAAAAUUCAGAUGUCGAAACGCAAUCGCAAUAUAACCAAAACGAGGGUAGUUUACCACGCGCUGUAUUAAUAGACGACGAGAUAAUGGAACGUGAUAUUAGGAUGGAAGCUGUAGAUACUCCCCAGGUUGAAAUGGGGACUCCAGAGGUUGCAUCGCAUCCAGAACUAACGUUCGAAUACUUGCAAGCUCUCGGGGACGCCGUCGAUGAGGUGCCGCAAUAUGGAGAGGAAAUCCAUAGUAACUUAGCGCAAAGCCUAUCAGAAAAAAUUAAAGCGGCAAAAAUUAUAGAAAAACAAGGGCUUUCUAUCAAGAAAAACGUUUCCUGUUACGAAACCAUCUACAUCCUUUUUACGACCGCGGCCGGAAACUGGACAGGCCCUCCCCGGUUCCCGUCGAACAGGGGGGGCGUACAGCACCGCGGCGGCGACGAUGACGUCAGCGGCGCGACGGGCAUUGGCGGGGAACACACCACAACCGCCGUCGCAAGCGCGCUUCAGCCAUCCAAACAGGCAACGUGCCUUUCCGACGCAUCGACGUUAACACAGGUCGCAAGAGCAAGGACAACGCCUCUCUCCUACCCUGGGAGCAGCGAUACUUUGCGGCUCGCAUUCUCCAGGCGUGGUGUGCCCGACCAAGCACUAGAUCUAAUCUGCGCUUCACUAUCUGCAAAUACGAUUCGUCAGUAUAGCGUAACAUUUAAAGUUUGGUGGGAGUUUUGUAUUCUAAAUAAGUUUAAUCCUCUGGAACCUUCAGUUCAUGCUGUAAUAUCAUUUAUAACACAUCAAUAUAACCGGGGAGAUUCCUAUGGAUCUAUUAGUACUCAUCGAUCGGCGUUGUCCUUACUGCUAGGGCAUGACGUAGGUACAGAUGAUCGUAUUUCAAGAAUAUUAAAAGGUGUGUACAAGUUAAGGCCCAGUGUACCUAAAUAUAAAAACACUUGGGAUCCACAAGUCGUUUUAAGUAAAUUAGAGACGUGGUAUCCUAAUUCUGAACUUAGUUUAGAAAAACUUACGAAAAAACUUGUAAUGCUGCUAGCUUUAUGUACUGCACAUAGGUUGCAAACAUUUUCUUUGAUAAAGAUUAAUAAUAUUAAAUGUUUUGCGAGUGUAAUUAAAAUUUAUAUAAUUGAUAUUAUUAAAACAUCAAGACCUGGUAAAGAUCAGCCAAUUUUAAGCUUGCCUUUCUUUUUAGAAAAUCCAAGUAUAUGCCCGGCUAAAACAUUACAGGAGUAUAUUGCUAAAACAAUAAAUUUAAGACCUAGUAAUGUAGAAAAUUUAUUGAUUACUUUCAAACGACCUCAUAAAGCUGCCACUGCCCAAACUAUAGGUCGCUGGCUAAAACAGACAAUGGGGGAAUGCGGGGUGGAUGUGGCGGUGUUCAGCGCGCACAGCACGCGACACGCCGCCACCUCCGCCGCACACUCCUCCGGCGUGUCUAUUGACGUGAUACCUGUUGACUGCUUCACCAACACACAAAGACAUUUGAGCCCUUUAUUCGAGAAAUCGUUUAAAAUACCAUUACUCGAAUCGAGCAAAAGAAGUUUUCUGAAAAGAGAGUUAGACGACAUAACGUUUGAUAAU